CAGGCACCCGCUUGGUCCAGCACCCGCUCCCUCAGGAUUCAGGAUGGCCGCCGCUCGCCGCUGCCUCUUCCUGCUGCUCCUGUCCACGGGCGUGGCUCUGUUGCUGCAGCCACCACUGGGUGCCCGGGGGGCCCCGCUGGAGCCAGUAUACCCGGGGGACAAUGCCACGCCGGAGCAGAUGGCCCAGUACGCAGCUGAGCUCCGCAGAUACAUCAACAUGUUGACCAGGCCCAGGUAUGGGAAAAGAGACCAAGAAGGCUCGCUGGACUUCUCGGAGUGUGGAUCCCCCAACGCAGCUGCCCCCAGGCAGCUCAGCCCAAUGGACUCGUAAAGCCACCUCCUGCACCUCUGACUCCAGGGCAGUGCCGGCCCAGCUCUCCCUUCCGCACCCUUGGCUCUGGCCGCAGCUUGCUCCCUGCUCCCACGCAGGCUAAUAAAGCAC